CCUCGGCGCCUGACUCUCAAGAUGGCGGCGCCCACUCACUGAGUACGGAAGUGCUGGCGGCGGCUGCAGCUGGACCAGGGAGAUGUUGCGGGGCGCGGUGGCGGCGGCGUUGCGGGGCUUGACUGCGACGACAGUGGGAAUCCCCAGUAAGAGCUCCUUCCUUCAAACAGCAAGGAAUUAUGCCAGGCUCGUCCGGAAAAAGAAGCAAGAAAUCCCCAGCCAUUUGGAUGACCUUCCUCCUACAAUGUUAAUGAAAAGUUAUGCCAACGUCCCAAUUAUUGACAAGGUGGAUGAUGUCGUGAAAAGGAUGCUGUCUCUGGAAAUGGCAAGCCAGAGGGAGAGAACAGAAAUAAAGAAAGAACAGCUAGCUGAGAAAGUGCGGAAGUCCCCCGAUGACAAUUGUUCCCUUGAAGUUAAAGUUGCCUACUUGACAGUCAAGAUCCGCACACUCCAGGAGCAUCUACAGAAGCAUCCCAAGGACAAAAAAAACAAAACCCGAAUGAUGAUGGCCAUAGACCAGCAGAAUAUGCUGCUGAAAUACCUGCGAAAUAGAGAGUACGAUGUCUUUGAGAAUACAUGCAAGCAACUGGACAUUCAGUACACCUUACCCCCGCAGUACCGCCGGAGAGCCACCCGGCGUUGGGUGGUGAAGAAAGCCUUUUGCAUUAAGGUCUUCAAAGAAGUAAAGAAGCAGAAAGCCCUUAUGAAACUGAAGCAAAGGCAGGAGAGCACCAAAGCCGCAAAGGAUCAAAAGGAUCAAGCACCGCCGAAUGCAGGAACCCCAGUAUAAGCAGAGCCAACACUUUUCAAUAGGAUCCAGAUGAGAGUUACCAAUAAAUGGUUUUACUGUGAACAUUC